AUGAACACGCCAUCAAAGACCAACAGCAGUUUCUCACUUGAGUAUGUUCGGCAUCUUCAGGAACGUGUACGAGAGCUCGAGAAGGAACAGAGAGAAGUGAAACAGACGGAAGUGAGUGAUAGCGCGAGGAAGAAAAAGCGCCAGCGACUCGAAAUUGAGAGCAUUGCAGUGUCCAAGAACAAUGAGCUGAAGCAAGAAGUAGAAAUGCUGAGGAUUCAGAUGGAGACGAAGUCGCAGCGACAUCAGAUUGAGCUGAAGGAACGGGACUUACAUCUGGAUCAAUUGCGACGUCAAUUGAAGUAUGCUGUGACGGAAGAGGAGGAGACAAUGAAGGAGCUCAAGGCUAUCACAAAUGAACAUUCGGCUGAGAAGUUGCAGCUGGAGAAGAGAGUGGUUGAAUUGGAAGCGCAACUAAGACUUGUCGAAGGAAAGCUCAAUGAAUGGAAGGAAAAAGCUUUGGAAACGACUAGCCAGCUCCGUACGCAAACGAGGCAGUCAGCAAUGAAGAUCGAGAUUCUGCAAGAUGAGCUGGAGGCAGCUAAUGACUCAUCGUCGACGUCCUCUCAGAGCGAGGAUAACAUUCUUGAAUCAAAGAUUCGUUUACUAGAAUCCCAGCUCAGGCAAAAAAGCAUAGAGGCUGCACAUAAUGCUUCUAAUUUGCUUGGCGCUCAAGAGACACUGGAAAAUGCACGUGAAGUUCGCGAGUUAAAUGAGCAGAUCAUGCAGCUACAAUCGACAGAACGCAAACUGAAGACUGAGUUGGUGGACAUGAUUGAGGCAUCCCGAUCAUCUUCUGUGUUGCAGGAAAAACUAUACCAGAUGAACCAAAAGCUUCAGCAAAGUGAAAAAAGGAACGCGCAGUCACUUAAGCGCAUCGAGAAUGCAAUGCUCGUGGAGGACAUGCAUAAGGAAUUUUAUGACUACUUUGAGCGGAUUGUAAAGGAAGCUAAGAUUGGAGUGUCACUGGAAGAUCUGAAGACUCGACCAUCAGCAGCGAUCAUUGAGUUGUAUAAAGCGCGCCAGAAUGCUUUUGAAAUCUUAUUUGAACAAAAGGGUAACGUGGAAAUUCAACUCCGGCGGUUCGAGAAGCAGUGUGAAAAGCUUCAUAGCGAUCUCAUCACGUCCGGAAACAAUUGCGCAAAACUUGAAAUGCAAUUAGCUGAGGUCCAGGAGAAGAUGAACGGUUACAAUGAUGUCGCAACACAUUUGCGCAAGACCAAUACAGAGCUGAUAGAGAUCCUUGAAACGUAUGGCAAGGAUCUUGACGACGAAGCUGCAAACGAAAUUUCAUCGAAGCGCGUUGGUCUGCUGGAAUCCUCGCUAAAGCAGUCACAACAGCUGAUCGCGUGCAUGGAACUCACCCAGAAAUCCAUGGCAACACCUGCUGCCGUUAAAAAGUACGAAGGACGGAUCGAGCGAUUGGAGAAGGCACUGGCUGAUGCAAAGCAAGAGAAUGUGAGUCAGACAAAGCAUCUUGAAAAGGCAGAAAUGGAGCUCGCAAUUUUUGAGAAGCGGCUAGGCAGAGGCGAAUUCAAUGUCGAGACGACAAAAAUCGUGCAUUUGGCUGUAAAUCCGACACGCGAGCUGCUCAAAAGUAAGGCAAAGUCGGACGACAUUGAAAACUUGCGCCAGGAAAACGAGGCAUUGCGCGCACGACUGAACAUGCUCACAGAUGGUGAAGAUACCAAGUCUACGAGUGUCCGUAUUGAGGACAACCUUACGACAACAACUUCGUAUGAUACGGUGGAGGGUCUCAAGAAGCUUAAUCAGCGCCUGAAGCAGGUGUUCGGAGACCAAAUACGACAAUACCGAGAGGCCGUGUAUUUGCUGACGGGUUACAAGGUGGACCUUAAAAAGAGCGAUGGCAAAGAGCUACUGCGUUUGCGUUCCGUUUACGCCGAGCAUGACGACGACGAGCUCUUGGUUUGCAUGGAAGCCAAUGGGUCGUUGGAGUUGCUAGAGAGCGAGUUUUGCUCCCAGAUCAACCAGCGUGUCUUUGCCUACCUGACGACAUGUCGUUCAUUUCCAGCGUUCUUGUCCACACUCACGCUCCAUUUGUUUGAGAAGCAGACAUUCCAGGGAAAUUAA